GGAAGUAAGGAGCAUAUCAAUUAUACACAUAUAAGAUCUAAGUGUAAGAAAUUAAGGGUUUAAAUGAGGGUCAUCAUGAUCAUGUAUAAGAAUUUCCUUCUUGCUUCAUUUCAAUGUGCUUUUAUCCUGAUCAUCUCACUGCUCCUGGUACAGGCUCAGUCUCAAUCAGGCUUCAUUAGCAUUGAUUGUGGGUUAUCAGAGACCUCAGGCUACGUAGAUGGAACAACAGAUCUGACUUACGUUUCGGACACAAAUUUCACAGAAGCCGGUGAAAACCACGAAGUAACAGCCACGCACAAAUUUCUAAGUGAUGAAAGGCAGCUUUGGAACGUGAGAAGCUUCCCUGAAGGAGCCAGAAAUUGUUAUACCCUCAAACCUGUUAAUGGCAAAGGCGAACGCUACUUGAUCAGAGCAAGGUUCAUGUAUGGAAACUACGACAACAAAAAUAGAAUCCCAGAAUUUGAUUUGUAUAUUGGGGUUGACUUUUGGAAUAAAGUAGUGCUAAAGGAUACAACGACUGUUAAAAAUGAAGAAAUUAUACAUAUCCCAGUAGUAUCAGAUUACAUUCAUGUUUGUCUAGUAAACACAGGUAAGGGAAUUCCAUUCAUAUCAGCAUUAGAGCUAAGGCCUCUCAUAGCAGCCGAUCAUGCCGAUAUUUAUAAAGCACCAGAAGGCUCAUCAUUGCAACUCCAUGGUCGCUAUGACUUUUCAUCAUCACCAACUGAUGAUGAAGAAACAUAUAGGUACAAAGACGACCCUUACGAUCGGUUGUGGCAGCCCCUUGGGACAAGUAAAUGGAAUCCAUUCAUAAACACUUCUCUUACUGACGUAAACUCUAUAACAAAGAACAUUUACGAACUACCUUUCACCAUCAUGAACACUGCAUACACUGCCCCAAACAAUACUAACAUGUUUAUACAAUGGAGUGACCUUAACAUCACCACAGAAUAUUACUUCUUCAUGCACUUUGCGGAACUGAAAAUGCUCCAACCAAAUGAAACGAGAGACUUUAAAAUAUACAUUAACGACGCUCUUUUUAUGGAAGAAUUGGUUCCCAAGUACUUGAGCGAAACUACCGGAUAUCCUCUUACAGGCAAGACACCUAACAGUGAAGGAGUGAUUAAAUUAUGGUUCAAUAGAACUAAAGAUUCAACUCUACCGCCGCUCAUAAAUGCCGUAGAGGUUUACAUGUUAAUGCCUCUCUCUCACAAAGAAACAGAUCAAACAGAUGCGGAAGCGAUUUUGAAUAUCAAAUCAGCAUAUGAAGUGAAGAAAAACUGGCAAGGAGAUCCUUGUACCCCUGAAAAGUUCACGUGGGAUGGUGUCAAAUGCAAUAGCAAAGAUGAUCAGCCUAGAAUUAUUUAUUUGAAUUUAUCGUCAAGUGGAGUAAAAGGAGAAAUAGUUUCUUCUAUUGCCGAUCUGAAAAUGCUACAACAUUUAGAUUUGUCAUAUAAUAACCUGACUGGGGCUGUGCCUGAGUUUUUAGGGGAACUUUCAUCCCUGGUAGUUUUAAACCUGAAGGGAAACAACCUCACAGGUCCACUGCCUGCUGUACUAUCUCAAAGAUCGAAGAGUGGCCUAUUACUAUUAAGCAUUGAUGACACCAACACGAACGCUACAACUUCAUUGAAGCCAAACAGAAAGAAUAAAAAGUUUGUUAUCCCAGUGGUUGCUUCAUUCGGUGGAUUAAUUUUCAUCUUAUUAAUUGUGGCGGCUGUAAUCUGGACCCUUAAAAGAAGAUCAAGACAACCCUUGGGGACACCCAUUAACAAUUUUGCAGGUGGCAGUGUAACAACUCAGAGUGUCAUCACAUCAUCUGAUUUCACAACAGAUUCAUUAAUUGAUGAGUCUAAAAAACGACGGUUCACAUAUUCUGAGGUGAUAAAAAUGACUGAUAAUUUUGAAAGAAUUCUUGGUAGAGGUGGAUUUGGGACUGUAUUUCACGGUUUUAUAGAUGAUGGUACUCAAGUAGCUGUCAAGAUGCUUUCUCAUUCAUCAGAUCGAGGCUAUCAGCAAUUUCAAGCAGAGGUUAAACUUCUUAUGAGAGUUCAUCAUAGAAACUUAACUACUCUUGUUGGAUAUUGCAACGAAGGAUCCAAUAGAGCUGUUAUUUAUGAGUACAUGGCCAAUGGGAGUUUAGAUUCUCAUCUUUCAGAAAGAGUUGGCAAUGGAAAUGUUUUAAGUUGGAAAGAAAGACUUCAAAUAGCAAUUGAUGCAGCACAAGGAUUGGAGUAUUUGCACAAUGGUUGCAAACCGCCCAUAGUACACAGAGAUGUCAAGACCUCUAAUAUAUUAAUAAGUGAGAAUUUUCAAGCUAAAAUGGCCGAUUUCGGUCUAUCAAAAAUUUUUCCAACUGAUGAUGGUACUCAUGUAUCAACUGUUGUUGCUGGCACACCAGGUUACCUUGAUCCAGAGUACUACAUUACAAACAGACUAAAUGAAAAAAGUGACGUUUAUAGUUUCGGAGCUGUUCUGCUAGAAAUUAUUACAAGUCUACCUAUUAUAAGCAGAGCCCAGGGGAACCAAACUCACCUAAAGGAAUGGGUUAGUGUAAUGGUAGCAAAUGGAGAUAUUAAUAAUAUAGUUGAUCCAAGAUUAAGGGGAUAUUUUGAAAUAAACUCUGUGUGGAAAGCAGUUGAGAUAUCUAUGGCUUGUUUAGCACAUUCAUCCAAUCAAAGGCCAAACAUGAAUCAGGUUGUGAGUGACUUAAAUGAGUGUUUGGCUACCGAAUUGGCUGGAAAGAACAAUAGCCACCAAAAUAAUUCCACGGAAUCAAUGAAUGAAAUGUACUCUAUGAAUGUGGUUACACCAUUGCCAAGGUAAAAUGUAAAAUAUACUACCUUACUUGAUUUUAUUUCCGCAAUGUCUUCCUCCAUUGCCAAGGUUCCAACCUUUAUUUUAGUCUCCAAUUAUUGUGAAGUGUUAUAUAAUUGAAUAUGAUACUGUAACCAUAUUUCAAUUUAUUUUUAUUAAAAUCUGUAAUUUAUACCAAUAUAUAUUGGCUACCAUUACUUUGUUUGUUUGUAUUGAACAACAACAACGCUUGCCUAAUAUUAUUUUUUCGUAAAAUUACAUAUAAUAAAUGUUACUUUGCACAUCUAUUUGCCUUAUAUUUGGUAACAUUAUUAUUGUUGAUUCCGAUUAUUAGUCAUAAUUCUUUUCAAUUGACACAAACAUAUUG